UAAACGUUAUAUUAUUAAGCACCACCAGGUCAAUUUAAACAUGGGUAGAGAUUAUAUUUCUGCAAUUGUUGCUGCAAAGGAGGCAUUCUCCAGUGGUAAAACCAAGGAUGUUAAGUUUCGCAAGCAGCAGUUGCAAAAGUUGUUUAAAUGUGUGAGAGAUAAUGAAGUUAGGUGGUGUGAAGCUUUGAAGAAAGAUCUAAAUAAAUCUAAAACUGAAGCAGUUUCCGCUGAAAUUAUUCUGGUAAACAACGAAAUUGUUACGGCGAUUGAUAACCUGGAUCAAUGGAUAAAAAGCGAGCCGCAAGCAAAGGGAUUGCUCACAGCUACAGCUGAUAUUCAUAUCAGGAAGGAACCAUUUGGAACAUGUCUCAUCAUGUCUGCAUGGAAUUAUCCCUUCUCCCUUAUGUUGGCCCCAGUGAUUGGUGCAAUUGCUGCUGGAAACUGUGUUGUUAUUAAACCGAGCGAAUGCGCAGUCCACACAGCCAUAGGAACAGCCAUCGGAAGAAUUGUGAUGAAGGCAGCGGCUGAGUACUUGACCCCAGUAGUGCUGGAACUUGGAGGUAAAAAUCCAUGUUUUGUUGAUGAUUCUUUUGAUAUUCGUAGUGCUGCGCGGAGAGUAUGCUGGGGUCGAUUUCUUAAUGCUGGUCAGAUUUGUCUUGCGCCAGAGUACGUUAUGUGCACAGAAAGUGUCCGGGAUAAAUUUGUGGAGGAAAUGAAGCUUGCUUUAAAAGAGUUUUACGGUUCUGACCCAAAGCAUUCACCAGACUAUGGGAGGAUAAUCAAUGAACGACAAACACUGCGGUUGAAGAAAGUAAUUGAAUCUGGAGCUGGGAAAAUAGUUGUGGGCGGAGAGGUUGAUGUAAAGGAACGUUAUGUUGCACCAACUGUGGUCACUGAUAUUCCAGCGGAUUCUGCUUACAUGCAGCAAGAAAUGUUUGGCCCCAUUCUGCUUGUUGUCACUGUCAAAGAUAUGGAUGAAGCUAUUGCUGUUGUAAACAGCAGAGAGAAGCCGUUAGCUAUGUACAUAUUUGCAAGUAAUAAAAAGCUUGUAAAUAAGAUCCUAUCCAACACCUCUAGUGGAGGAGUUACUGUUAAUGAUGUUGUGAUGCAUUACGUUCCUCAUUCGCUUCCAUUUGGUGGUGUAGGGGAAAGUGGAAUGGGAGCCUACCAUGGGAAACACACCUUUGACACCUUUUCUCACAGACGAAGCUGUUUAGUUGAUGGGAAUCCAGAGUUUAUAAAUUCUUUACGUUACCCUCCUCACUCUGAGAAAAAGCUUUCCAUUAUUCGUUUGGCCAUGAUGAAAAACAUGAAAGCAACAGGUGUACAAGCAGUUUUUCAGUCUGUACUUAAGCUGGCUGUUAUAGGCGCAGUCAUUGCAUGUGUUGUAAAUUUGCUUAUUUGAGAAUAAUUGGUGCUAUUUUAUUCUUUUAAGCUCCAAAUGUGACCAAAGGUCGAUAAUUCUCGGUUUUUGCUUCUUGGUGCAGUGAUCACAGAAUUUAAUUCUAAUGGCCCAUAUUCAUAUGGUAGCGAUACUUUAGUUUUUUUUGUUUAAUACAGCUUUUUUAAUUAUAAUGGAUAAGGUCUUGUUGGUUAAUUAAUGAUUUUGUGUGUAGAACAGUAACCAUAGUUUGGUUACAAUUCCAAUAUUUCUGCCCUGAUGUUAUGUUAUUAUAUUAUGCUGCAACUGGUGAAUUAUAGGAUGUAAUUCUAAGGGCCCAGGUUCUCUUUAUUUUUUUUUGGCAAUUAAUCUUCAACCUUAAUUAGGUCUAUAUAAUUAAAAGUGUAGUUCAGUAUGGAUCUUUCAGUCAUAGUUUCAUUUCUGAAAAAGUUUUCCACUGUUAUACUUUAAACCAUUCAUUCAAUGCUCAGCAUUGUUUUACUGCAUAUUCGAUUCUUCUGUAAUUCUUUAUUGUGUUAUUGUUUAAUUUUGUGAUAUAGAAUUUGUUCUUUAGGUGUUGAUUGUACAUUCUUAGCUAUUUAAUUAGUAAUUAAUAUUCCUCUAUAUGUAUUAUGUGUGUUAUCAUUAUAAUGUUGUAUUAAUUAUUUCUUAACCAG